AUGCAUGGGUGUGAUCUAAAAAUUAUGAAGGUGACAGUGACAAGCCGGCUUCUAGUGAAGCCAGCCGAGCCGACGUAUUCCGGCUUCAUACCCUUAUCCGACUUGGACCUCGUCGGCAGCCUCGCCCACGUCCCCACCGUCCAUUUCUACGAUCCGCCGCCGCCGGAAUUCCGUACUUCCGUCUUCCAAACCCUCAAAGCCUCCUUGUCCAAAUCCCUCGUCGCCUUCUACCCCCUCGCCGGUCGUCUCAGCCGCGCCGACCGCCCCGGCCGCUACCAGAUCCACUGCAAUGCCGCCGGCAUCCUCCUUGCGGAGGCGGAAUCCGCCUCCGCCGUUAAGGACCUGGCGGAUUCCGACCUCCGACCGCUCGUCCCCUCCGUGGACUUCAAGACGACGGCGGCGGCAGAGUACCCGCUGCUGGUUGCGCAGGUCACCAGGUUCGCCUGCGGCGGCGUCUCCGUCGGAGUUGCCAUGUCGCAUGCGGUGGUGGAUGGAAUCGCUGCCGCUAAUUUUAUACGGCAGUGGGCCAGAGUUUCGAGAGGAGAGGCGAUGGAGAUGGCGCCGUUCGUCGAUCGGAAAGUGCUCGUCAAUUUGGGGAAUGUGCAGUCGCCGGUGAGGCCAGUGGAGUUCGACGAUUUGUUUGAUGAGAAAUUAGAGGCCAAAACUAUUAUUACUUCCUCGCCGCCGCCGCCCUCUUGCAAAAGAGCUACCUUUAAGAUCACACAAUCUCAGGUGCCUAACAUUUUUAAAGCAGUUAAGAAGAGUUAA